CCUAGUUUCUCUCCCCUUUUUGCGCGCUCACAUCACUCGCUGUGCCUCAGUCUAUCCACCGCACUCCUUCACCUGAUCUUUCGCGCUUGCUUUCUUUCUCUCCACGCUCCGGAUCGCGUCCAGUCUGAGCGGAUAUUUCAUCCCCCCCAUCCCCUCCUCCGGCUGGACCGCACUCCACUCCAUACACUUUUUUUUCCUGGCAAUCGCCGCAUCUCUCUCUCUCUUUCUCCCCGCACGCCGAUGCCCGUAGCCCGGCCGAAGAGAAGGACUCCUCUCCCCCGAGCAUGAGAAGGACUGCCAACUCAUCCGCAAUCCAGCAUCAGAGAUCAGGCUGCCACUAUGAGAGCUGGGAUCAUAUGCUCCAGCAGCAGAAGUUUUUCGUCAACAGAAUAAAACAACGGGGACUUGGGCUUCCAGUGACUGGGGAGGAUCGGUUUUAGGUCUCCACAGAAUGGAGCGAGAAUGAGCAGAGAGCGGCUGAAGGAAAAGCAUGAACUGGAGGUUUAUUGAGGUCAUCUGCUUCCUGUUUAUAUGGGACCAUAUAACAGUUCAGUCUUCCCGCCAGGACCCAUCUGCUGCCGAGCAACAUGUCUCCAAGCAAUUUGACUGGCUCAUCUCGGACCGCGGGCCUUUCCACCACUCUCGGAGUUACCUCUCCUUUGUGGAAAGAUUCCGCCAAGGAUUUACAACCAGAUAUAAAAUAUAUAGAGAGUUUGCACGUUGGAAGGUGAGGAACACCGCCCUCGAGCGGAGGGACCUCAUCCGAAACCCCGUGCCCCUCAUGCCAGAGUUUCAACGCAGCGUGCGGAUGCUGGGCCGGCGGCCGUCCACGCAGCAGUUCAUCGACACCAUCAUCAAGAAGUACGGGACCCACAUCCUCAUCUCGGCCACUCUGGGAGGUGAGGAGGCUCUUACUAUGUAUAUGGCUAAAAAUAAACUGGACCGGAAGAUCGUGAAUGUCACGCAGAGCGUGGAGACCCUCCAUCAGCUGGCCUCCUCGUAUUUCAUAGACCGGGAUGGGACCAUGAAGAAGCUCCAUGAGAUCCAGAUUUCCACCAAUGCCAUCAAGGUGACAGAGACGAGGACAGGCCCGCUGGGAUGCAGCAGCUAUGACAACCUGGACUCUGUCAGCUCAGUCCUGCUGCAGAGCCCCGAGAGCAAGCUGCACCUGCAAGGUCUGCAGGUAAUCUUCCCCGAGUAUCUGCAGGAGAAGUUCGUCCAAUCGGCCCUCAGCUACAUAAUGUGCAACGGCGAGGGGGAGUAUGUGUGCCGAAACAGCCAGUGUGUGUGCCGCUGUGCCGAGGAGUUCCAACAAUGCAACUGCCCCAUCACCGACAUCCAGAUCAUCGAGAACACCCUGAUGGGGAUGGCAGAGACGUGGGCUACCACCUACAAGGACUUUGAAAAUUCAGACGAGUUUAAGUCCUUCCUGAAGAGGCUGCCCUCGACUCACUUCCUGCCGGUGAGCAGCGUGCACCUACUUUGGGGCAGUGACUGGGAUCUCCAGGCCCGCUUUCGACUGCUGCAGAGCUCCCUGGAGGCCCAGCGGCUGAAGAUGCAGCGUACGGCCCGCAAGCUCUUCAGCCUGAGCGUGCGCUGCCACCACAAACCCAGCCACCAGAUGCCCAGGGAGAGGUCCGUGCUGCAGUGGCUGAACAGGGUCCAGUCCUUCUUGUACUGCAAUGAGAACGGCUUCUGGGGCACCUUCCUGGAGAGCCAACGGACCUGCGUGUGUCACACGGGAGGCAGCCUGUGCCAGAGGCCCAUCCCCUGCGUGAUCGGCGGCAACAACAGCUGCGCCAUGUGCAGCCUGGCCAACAUCUCGCAGUGCGGCUCCUGCAACAAGGGCUACAAGUUGUACCGCGGCCGCUGCGAGCCGCAGAACGUGGACUCGGAGCGCAGCGAGCAGUUCAUCAGCUUCGAGACAGACCUGGACUUCCAGGACCUGGAAUUGAAGUACCUGCUGCAGAAGAUGGACUCGCGCCUGUACGUGCACACCACCUUCAUCAGCAACGAGAUCCGCCUGGAGACCUUCUUCGACCCGCGGUGGCGCAAGCGCAUGUCUCUCACGCUCAAGAGCAACAAGAACCGCAUGGACUACCUGCACAUGAUCGUCGGGCUCUCCAUGAAGAUCUGCCAGAUGCGCAACAGCAGUGUCGACCCCAUGUUCUUCGUUUACGUCAACCCGUUCAGUGGCAGCCACUCAGAGGGGUGGAGCAUGCCCUUUGGCGAGCACGGCUACCCGCGUUGGGAGAGGGUACGCUUGCAGAGCUCACAAUGCUACAACUGGACCCUGCUGCUCGGCAACCGCUGGAAGACCUUCUUUGAGACGGUGCACAUCUACCUGCGUAGCCGGGCCAAAGUACCCACCAGCGUGCGCAAUGAUACCGGCCAGGGCCCGGUAGAUCUCUCCGACCCCAACAAGAGGCAGAUCUACAUCAAGAUCUCUGACAUCCAGGUGUUCGGAUACAGCCUGCGCUUCAACGCCGACCUCCUACGCAGCGCCGUACAGCAGGUCAACCAGUCGUACACCCAGGGGACGCAGUUUUACUCGUCGUCGUCCGUCAUGCUGCUGCUGCUGGACAUCAGGGACCGGAUCAACCGUCUGGCGCCUCCGGUGGCCCCCGGCAAACCGCAGCUCGACCUCUUCUCCUGUAUGCUGAAACAUCGGCUGAAACUCAACAACAGCGAGAUGAUCCGGGUCAACCACGCCUUGGACAUGUACAACACGGAGAUUUUGAAACAAUCUGACCACCUGACUACCAAACUCUGCUAAGGAAAAGAGAAACACUAUAUAUACAUAUAAAUAUUUACAAAACAGAUCAAGGCGGAUAACUUUUUGGAAGUUUUCAUUCGACUUACUCAUGUACUCUUGAACACUUUGUAAAUGUUAUUGUUAAUUGAAAUCGAGGAAAAAAAAGAAAAGAAAGAUUUUUAGUUUGAAAAAGUGACUAAAACCAUUUAACAAGACUGUAUCAUAUUUGUCCAAGCAUGUCUGUUGUUACCUUAAAGAACCUAUGGAAAGGAACAAAAGAAAGAAAAAAGAAAAAUAUGCUGACUAAGAGGCCUUGAAUUUAUUCCGAGGGAGCAAAGGUACUUUAAUAACUGCCAUUCUUAACUGAGUAAAAGCAUUUUUAAUCUAAUAAAACAAUGUAAAUGUAGACCAGAUAUGAUUUUUUUUUUUUUAAUUUUACCAAAAAAUGUUUUGUCUAAGUAUAAAAGAGGGUAAAUAUAUUCUUCAGUUGAACGUGAAGCAUUUUAACCAUGAGGCCUGCACAGAUGUAUGUGUUUCAUUUCACACGACGCAGUGUUAAGAGUCUUAUUAAUAAUCAGUUACGAGUGAUGCCGGACUGAUAUUUGCCGCGAGCGGAAUUCAGUGGAAAAUAACAUUAACGUUUUUCUCUGGCGUAAAAGUCAAGGUCAUUAAGAUUCUGUUUUACCGUUUUAAAUAAAGACAAUAGAAACAGUCGAA